CACAUCCGGUGCCCGCUUUUCCGUGUGUCAAGAUGGCGACGUCUCUAGGAUCCAACACUUAUAAUCGGCAGAACUGGGAGGAUGCGGAUUUCCCCAUUUUGUGUCAGACGUGUCUUGGAGAAAACCCAUAUAUCCGAAUGACCAAAGAGAAAUAUGGGAAAGAAUGCAAGAUAUGUGCCAGGCCGUUCACAGUGUUCCGUUGGUGCCCAGGUGUACGCAUGCGCUUUAAGAAGACUGAAGUGUGCCAGACAUGCAGCAAGUUGAAGAACGUUUGUCAGACCUGCCUUCUUGACCUAGAGUAUGGUUUACCUAUUCAGGUUCGAGAUGCUGGACUCUCACUUAAAGAUGAUAUGCCCAAGUCGGAUGUUAAUAAAGAAUAUUAUACUCAAAAUAUGGAAAGAGAGAUCAUGAACUCUGAUGGCACUCGGCCUGUCGGUGCUCUAGGAAAGGCUACGUCUACCAGUGACAUGUUGCUGAAGCUGGCUCGGACCACACCUUAUUACAAACGCAAUCGGCCACACAUCUGCUCAUUUUGGGUGAAAGGAGAAUGUAAGAGAGGGGAAGAGUGUCCCUACAGGCACGAAAAACCUACAGAUCCAGACGAUCCUCUUGCUGAUCAGAACAUAAAAGAUCGUUAUUAUGGUAUUAAUGAUCCUGUGGCUGACAAGCUUCUCAAACGAGCUUCCACAAUGCCUCGUCUGGACCCACCAGAUGACAAAACAAUAACAACACUGUAUGUUGGCGGUCUGGGUGACACUAUCACUGAGACAGAUCUUAGAAAUCACUUCUAUCAGUUUGGUGAGAUCCGGACGAUAACUGUGGUGCAGAGGCAGCAGUGCGCGUUCAUCCAGUUUGCCACACGACAAGCUGCAGAAGUGGCAGCGGAGAAGUCCUUCAACAAGCUUAUUGUUAACGGCCGCAGGCUUAAUGUGAAAUGGGGCAGGUCUCAAGCAGCCAGAGGAAAGGAGAAGGAAAGAGAAGGGACCACAGAAUCUGGUAUAAAACUGGAGCCUGUCCCUGGUCUACCUGGAGCUCUUCCUCCUCCUCCAGCCGCUGAAGAAGAAGCCGCUUCUGCAAACUAUUUCAACCUACCUCCCAGUGGCCCUCCUGCUGUGGUGAACAUUGCCCUGCCACCUCCUCCUGGCAUUGCUCCACCACCACCUCCUGGUUUCGGGCCACACAUGUUCCAUGCCAUGGGUCCUCCACCUCCUUUCAUGAGAGCCCCAGGUCCCAUCCACUAUCCUUCUCAAGAUCCACAAAGAAUGGGUGCCCAUGCAGGGAAGCACAACAGUCCCUAACAUCGCCAUCUUGUUUUUAUUAUUAUUUUUUUAAAGAGAACUUAUGUUGGUAGUAUACCACAUUCAACUGUAAUGAAUGGAAAUCUAAGCCUCUCUUUUCUUUGUGUACACACAGUCCAGGCUUAGUCCUGCUGUGUUGCCCCUAGGAAAUGUGAUCAUUUGUAUAACCAAAAUACCUAACCUGGGGAGAGAAAAGGGUGGCUUGUGUUCUGCGCUAGAGGAACAAAUGGUUCUCAAACUUCAAAUCCCAUCAGUGUAUCCAAUUUUGAAACUUUUGUCUCUUGACAGAAACAAAAUUACUGGACCAGUUUGGUAAUCGCCAAGCAAUUACGCAAUAGAAGCGGUCCUCUUUUGUUUGGAAACUCCUUUACAGCAAAUCUGUUUGAAUGUCAAAUUAUUGUACCUUUCCUUGCACUGAGCUGGAAUGGAAGGGUACAGGAAGAUCAGAUUAAUAUGAAGGGCAUUCAGAUGGUGUACAGCUUUGUAAUAAAUACUGUUUCUCUUUAUUCUUGAUCCUGUCUGUGAUGCUUGCUACCAAAAGUUGAGGUAGCAGCACUGCAUGCUUGUAACCUCCAUUAAGAGGUUGGUGACUCUGGAGUUGCGGCUUACAUGGCCUUCAUGUCCAGUUGCUACUAAAACUAGUCUGGUCUAUUUCCGAACUUAACAUUUGAUUACCGAUGGCUGUUUUAGAUGUGUUCUCGGUAUUUGCCCUCGACUGUCUUUUGUCUGUAAUGUGCCCCAGUAAA